AUGGCAAUCGUGCCAGCAAUACCGACAAGCACACAUGUGCACACCAGCACAAGCAACACUCAAGCAGGUGAAACAACCGCCGAUACUGAAGUGAAUGAUGAAACUGAUGACGAAGCACAAGGGGAUGAAGAUGGUGGGCAAUCAGAAAUCAUGGUACCCCAGCCACCGUAUCUUGGGCAGAGAUUUGAUUCGUUUGAAGAUGCAAAGGAAUUCUACCAGACAUAUGCAAAGUUCCAUGGGUUUGCGGUCAACACCGAAUACCAUAGGAAAAUUAAAAAAACUAACGAGUACAGCAGAGGUGAGAUGAGGUGCUACAAGGCACGAAGAAACAAGAAGGGCAAAGGUGAUGCGCUUGUUGGUUCGGAACGAAAGAGAGGUAUCAUUGUCAAGACGGAAUGCCCUGUCCGGUGUAAGCUGAAUGUAGAUGGAGCACAGUGGGUGGUCACUGAAUAUUUUGACGAGCACAACCACGAGCUAAUAAAGAACUUUGACCUAGUAAAAUUUCUGACCGCCCACAGAGGAUUCACCCCCCUCGAGAAGAAAUUCAUAAAGCUGCUACAUGAUUGUAACGUCGGUCCAUCAAGAAUGGUGCAGAUACUCUCCCUCAUCCAUAGCAAAAACGGGUCUCUGAGUAGCAUGCCCUACCUACCAGCAGACGUCACAAACCUAAAGGCAAAGUACCAUAGAGAAAGCAAGUUGGCUGACAUAGAAGCCACGAUAGCCUACUUCGAUGAGAAAGCGAAAGAAGAUCAAGAUUUCUUCUACAGGAUAAGAUUGGACGAUGAGGACCGUGUCAGGAACAUAUGCAUAGAGGAGGUCUUUCUGUUGGCAGUGCAUAGGCACUUCAGGUGGCACAUUAUAAAGAAGGCUGAGGAGACACUAGGACCGUUCUUUGCUGACCGUCCAGACCUGCACAAGGCAUUCGAGCUGUGCGUGGACCACAGCUUGACGGUGGAGGAGUUUGAAAGGAGCUGGAUGGCUAUGAUUGAAACAUAUCAAGUCCAAGACCACGAGACGCUUGCUAGCUUGUGGGAGAAACGAAUGUACUGGGUGCCGGCCUACUUCAUGCAGUGCUUCUUCCCGUUUCUGCAGACUACACAGCGCAGUGAGGGGUUCAAUGCUGUUUUGAAGCGGUACGUGAGCCCUGGCAACUCAUUGCUACAGUUUGCCAAGUAG